GCGUGACGUAUCAAAAAUACAUCUGCGAGCAGGACUGCUUCCUUCGGAAUUGUUUUUGUGUAGCCAGGUGAUAAAUACAGACAAGAGGAUGGCGCGUGAACAGAAUUUAAACAGGAGAUACGGGAGAACAGCUACAGAGGAUUCAUCGAAUGAUACCAGUGCUUUAAAACCAUACAUUUUGGUAGCAAUCGCGGCAAUUGCGUGUUACUUGAACUCCUUAUUCGGCGAGUUUGUUUAUGAUGACUUCGAAGUCAUCGAGACGAACGCAGAUGUUAGGCCUUCAACGCCAAUUUCUAACCUGUUUUCAAACGACUUUUGGGGCAUUCCGUUAAAAAGAAACGAUUCUCACAAAUCUUAUCGUCCCAUAACUGUUUUGACAUUCCGCUGGAAUUUCCUCGCUGGAGGCCUCAAUCCAAUAGGAUACCACUUCAUCAAUGUGGUUUUACAUAGCAUUGUGUCGGCGUUAUUUUUUCAUACAUGCAUUAGGAUUUUAGAUGGCAACGUUGAUUCUAAAACUAAAUCACUUCCUCUUCUUUGUGGUAUGCUCUUUGCUCUUCAUCCGAUACAUACAGAGGCUGUAGCUAAUGUCGUGGGUCGUGCAGAAAUCCUCUGUGCCUUGUUCUACCUCUUAGCCCUGUUGUCGUACAUAAAUUGUUUUCCUGAUGGGACCACAGAGGACAGCAGUAAAAGACCAGCUAAGUAUUCAAGGGUUUGGCUUGCUUCGUGCAUCAUCUGGUGUGUGUUAUCUCUCUUUAGCAAAGAACAAGGCAUCACAGUUUUAGAAGUUUGUAUUGCUUACGAUUUGGUUUUUGUCUGCAAGUUUAAAGGGGAACAUUUACUCAAAAUAUUUUCUUCGCCUACGGUUUUAUUAAGACAAUGGCCAAAGUGGGCCGUUCGAUUGGUCGAAAGAUUUUCCAUCCUCGGCUUGGCGUCUGUAAUUCUUCUGUACCUGAGAAUUGUAAUCAUCUCUGGAGGUUUUGUCCUUUCUUUCACUGAGUCCGACAAUCCCACAUUGUUUCAUCCUGACGUAUGGACUCGAUUUAGGACUUACUCUUAUUUGUGCGCGCUAAAUGCGCGACUUCUACUGUGUCCGAACAGCCUGUGUUAUGAUUGGUCCAUGGACAGCAUAUCCCGGAUUGAAUCAUGGUGGGACAUGCGCAAUAUGCAAACGCUCGUGUUCAGUGGUAUACUUGUUUGUUUGUGCUGUUAUGGUCUUCAGUCUUCAACUAUACCGUCUUCUAUACCGUCUUCAACUAUAUCGUCUUCAACUAUACCGUCAACUCUACCUAGAAAGUCUAAGAAAAGUUCUUCAAAGCCACUAGAUUCUAAUGAAAAUGAUAUUCAUUUAAGAGAUGAUUUUAGGAAUGCAGAGUCUCAGCAUUGUGGACUGAAAAUGGAUGAGUGCGAGUCUCCACAAAGAAGACGAGUUGUGAUGUUUUCAUUGGCUUUAUUGAUCAUACCAUUUCUACCAGCUUCUAAUCUCUUCUUGCCCGUUGGGUUUGUUGUCGCCGAGAGAAUUCUUUACAUUCCCAGUAUGGGACUCUGCAUUUUGGUUCCAUUUGGAAUCUCAAUCUUGUUUGGAACCCAAACAAAGGUGGAAGAAGAUUCCUCAACACAUGAGAACUCUGAUAAGAUGUUAGUGCAAAAAACUUCACGUACAAGUUGGAGUUUUGGUCUUUCUGCCACUGGUAUGGUUUUAGUUCACAGCCUUCUGUUGUUGUUCGCUGCAAAGACAGUACGCCGCAAUUCAGAAUGGCUGAACAAGGAAGCGCUGGCCCGAUCAGGACUGAAAGUGAACCCCACUAACGCUAAGAUUCACGUUAUGCUUGGAAAUGUUCUUGCAAAGAAGUCUUCUCGCUUGGGAAGAUGCUCUUGUGGCCGCUUUUGAGGAAAAAGGGAAAAAAUGGAACCGAAAAAGUAAUCAAAAAGGGGGAAGAGUACCUGAGGAAAGGAUUAGCAUUGGAUCCACUGGACAUCAACAGCCGUCUUCUGCUCGUUCAAGUUCAGCUUAUGAAGGGCGAACUCGAUUCCGCUGAAAAAGAAGUCCGUUUUGUUCUCGCUCAUGAUGAGUACAACAUCAACGCCGAGUACAUUUUAGGAGGAAUUCUAGAACUCAAAGGUUUACUCAAACAAGCCAGACAUUAUUUUCUUGAUGUUCUAAAAAAAGAUCAUUUACAUAAAGGAGCAAUCACAGCGCUACAACGUAUAGCUAAAAAGGUUAAAUAGAUUGUGCAGUUUAUUUUAUAGUUAUUAAAAAUAGAUAGUGCCCGUUGAGUUAUUUAAAAAAAAAAACGUUUAGUCAGUAUACGUGCAAAUUACAAUAUCUUGUGUUCAACCUAAUUGCGGAGAUUGAGGGGCCGUUUCCUUUUUAAGGAGAUGAGUAAUCAUGCGAAAACAAAAACAGGAAUUUUAUUGAUUUGGAGAAUUUUUAAUUGAUUGUCGUAAAACCAAAACUGAAGUAAUCACAACAGCCUAUUGAAGACUCAAGGUAAAAAGACAAACGACCAAAAGCGCGGGAAAACGCAGGCGACCAAGUCACGGUUGGGUAUCGGUUGGCGUCUGAUUGGUUGGGAGCAUGGUGGCGCGAGUUUUCUAGACCAAUCAGAGACAGAUUAAAGCAAAAUCAAAGGAAUCCCGGAUUACUUUCGAAACUCAAUUGAAAAGUGCUUUGUAUAUGAGCAGAUAAAAAUUGUCCAAAUAUUAGUAAUCCAAGACGCGAAGAAUUUAAGCUUGACAUAACUAAGACAAUACACAGAAGUUGAAAGUCAGUUGAAUAUUAAUUGUAUUUAUUUCCUAUAAAUUGCUUUUAAAUAUUUUUAUUAAACUUUAACCAAAUGUGCAA